GUAGCGGCAGACAUAUUUGUUCCGACAUUUUGACAUUUAUCUCCCGGUUCUUGAUUCUACACUUGAGCUUCUUCAAAAAGAUUUUGUGCUUGAGUGGUUCACCAUGGAUGAAGAAUACGACGCAAUUGUCCUGGGCACCGGACUUAAAGAAUGCAUCCUUAGUGGUAUGCUCUCGGUUUCCGGCAAGAAGGUGUUACACAUUGAUCGAAACAAGUAUUACGGCGGUGAGUCUGCGUCAAUUACCCCGUUAGAAGAGUUGUUCUCGAAGUUCAAUGCUCCAGCACCUGAUGAAACAUAUAGCAGGGGACGCGAUUGGAAUGUUGACCUCAUCCCGAAGUUUUUGAUGGCCAACGGUCUGUUGGUAAAACUGCUAAUCCAUACGGGCGUCACCCGAUAUUUGGAAUUCAAAUCUGUCGAAGGGAGCUACGUCUACAAAGGCGGUAAGAUCUCCAAGGUUCCUGUUGAUCAAAAAGAAGCUCUCGCUUCCGAUCUCAUGGGUAUGUUUGAAAAGAGGCGUUUCAGGAACUUCCUCAUCUAUGUCCAAGACUUCCAGCCUGAAGAUACCAAAACAUGGAAGGACUUCGACCCAAGCACUAACAACAUGCAAGGUCUUUAUGACAAGUUUGGGCUUGACAAGAAUACCCAAGACUUCACUGGGCAUGCCUUGGCUCUGUACCUAGAUGACAACUAUCUGCAGCAACCAGCCAUCCAAACUAUCCAGCGUAUCAAGCUUUACUCUGACUCUCUGGCCCGCUAUGGCAAAUCGCCUUACCUGUACCCUAUGUAUGGUUUGGGUGAGUUGCCCCAAGGGUUCGCUCGUCUGUCUGCCAUCUAUGGAGGGACUUACAUGUUAGAUAAACCUAUUGAUGAGAUUGUGCUUGGUGAAGGAGGCAAAGUAGUGGGAGUCCGCUCCGGCAACGAAAUUGCCAAAUGCAAGCAGGUCUACUGUGACCCCAGCUAUGUUCCUGACCGAGUUCGCAAGAAGGCCCAGGUCAUUCGCUGCAUUUGCCUUUUAGAUCACCCAAUUGCUAAUACCAAAGAUGCUCUGUCCACACAGAUUAUUAUUCCACAGAAACAAGUGGGAAGGCACUCUGACAUCUAUGUGUCUGUUGUCUCAUACACACACCAAGUGGCGGCUAAGGGCUGGUUCAUUGCUAUGGUCUCUACCACUGUAGAAACCAGUGACCCUGAGUCAGAGAUUAAGCCUGGUCUGGACCUCUUAGGACCUAUCAGGCAGAAGUUUGUUUCUGUAACUGACUACUUUGAGCCCAUUGAUGACGGCAGCCAAAGCCAGAUCUUCAUUUCUGAGUCUUACGAUGCCACCACACACUUUGAGACAACUUGCUUAGAUGUGCUCAAGAUAUACAAGCGAGGCACAGAUGAGGACUUUGACUUCUCCAAGGUGAAGGUGGAGCUCGGAGAGGAAGAUCAAUAAAUGUAUGCUAUAUUAUAACCUACCUAUGUAAAUUGCUUGUUAAUUUCACUAUUUGUUUAUAAAAUAUUUUAGCCUACCUUAAAUGUUUACUAGGGUUUAUUUGGGUAAAGAGUUUUUAAAAGCUUAGAUGUAUUGGCAUUAAAUUAUAAUAUCUAUGUAAAAUGUUACCUUGCAGAAGGUUUAUUUGAACUAUGUGAUCCAUUUUGUUUUAAACUUAAAAGUAUGAAGUUUAUUUUAAAGGAUUUUAAAUUUGGCUUAAGAUCGCUUUUAUUAUAUUUACAUGUUUAAGGAUAAAAAGUUAACUGAUCUGCACAAGUGAAUCUGAGUGGCAGCUGGUUUGUCUGCAUUUAACAAUAUGCAUUCCAUGUUUGGUACUUCUUGAAUAGCAGCUAACCAUAUCAAAUUUUGUAAAUCAAGAUUUAUGAAUAUGAAUGCUCAUUAUACCUAAAUGUUUACUGUGUAAGAUCAUAAAUAAAACAUACAUUAUACUAUGGAAA